UUGAAACCGAGGAUGAAGCUGAAGGCCAUAGAAGCCACGCCAGAGAGCUUCGCGGAGUAUGGCCAAGUCAUCGAGCCUACAGACGACGGCCUUGGAUUUGGACCUGACGACGCUCAAUUAGACCUCACCAAUGGAACCCCUAGGUUUUACAUUCUCCAUAUCGAGAAUCGGCCUUUCAAUUUCUCGAUGAUUACGCAUCAUGCGAGAGUAACGCAGUGCCUUGGAUCGGUGGAUCGGCAGCCUUGGUAUCUUGCGGUUGCGAAGCCGUCAAUUGUGGACGAUGAACAUAAAACUGGAAUUGAUAAGAGCGAAUCGGUUUUGAGAUCUAAGAGUGGCCAUCUGUUUGUGCCGCCUUGUGUUGAUGACAUUAAGGUGUUCAAAAUUUCAGGGGCCAAGUUUGUGAAGCUGAAUAAAGGGACAUGGCAUGCUGGUCCUCUGUUUAGAGAAAGCGCCAGGGAUUUCUACAACUUGGAAUUAACUAAUACCAAUGUUGUUGAUCAUACUACUUACGACCUGGGAAAGGAAAAUGGGGUACCAUUUGAAAUUGAGGAUUAGAUCCGUAGUUCAUCGCCACCAAGAUUGUAAGUAAAGUUUAAAUUAUGUUUCAUUAUUAUUAGAACAAUGCCGUGUGGAGAACAAAGAUUGUAAUAAAUAAUGUGUUUGAGACUUCUAAAUUAUAAUUUAGCAAAAUUACUUUUAUUAUAA